GGCUGUUCCAUGUGUAUUCCCUGAUCAACAUCAAAUACCCUAAAUACUUGCUCAAGCUUCCUCAUUCGACUUUCUGUCUUUGUUCUUGCAUACCACGCCUUCCCAUGGGGUUCUUUCUCCCGCGUAAAUAAGUUUUUACGUGUACUGUCUGUGGAUUGUUUAUUUCGUAAAGGACUCUGUCAUUUUCUCCACAAUUUACCACCGUGGAUUGUGUGAAUUACUACGAAGCUGUUUUAUACCAAAUAUUGGUCCCUAUACAAAAAUAUACCAAUCGGCUAUCUUCACCCCGGAAGCUAUUAAGGCUGAUACUUCCAUUAUCGCAUCUCUUUCAUAUCAGUCUUGCCUCAAUGUGCCCACAAGACCGGAUAUAAAGCACACUGGGCAGGACUGCACCAAAAAUGCCAAUAUCAGAUCAUCCCAAAGCAUACGGAACCGCCGCCCUGACGGCUGCCUUCGCCGUAGGUAUUGCGGCGACACUCGGCUUCCAAGAUUUUUAUCCUUACUGGGAGAGGCGGUAUGGUCGACGGAAAAGAGGAGGUGACGUGACAGGCUACGGCGAUGGGUUCAACGAUUUCCAGUCCAAGACGACCCUCCUGGAGAGACAGCACGCCGCUAGACGGCGUCGGUCCACACUCCUAUCAAGUAUCGGAGCUGGCCCGGUGCUGCUACAGGACCACGAGUCAGACCCAGGGGACAACCCGGGCCCGUCACAACCAGAUAUUCGCGACGGCAUCGAGGCCUGCAUCGGCAACACGCCCAUGAUCAAGAUCCGAUCCCUCUCCGAGGCGACGGGCUGCACGAUCCUCGCCAAGGCAGAGUUCCUCAACGGCGCGGGUGGCAGCCCCAAGGACCGCGUGGCUCUCAACAUGAUCCUGACGGCCGAGGAGACCGGGCACCUGGUCCCGGGCCGCGGCGACACCAUCUACGAGGGCACCGUGGGCAGCACGGGCAUCAGCCUGGCCAUGUUGGCGCGCGCCCGCGGCUACCGCUGCCACAUCUGCAUGCCCGAUGACGUGGCCCGCGAAAAGUCGGACCUGCUGCUGCACCUGGGCGCCACCGUCGAGCGCGUCCCCGUCGCCCCCAUCACCGACAAGCGCCACUUUGUCAACCUGGCCAGGACCCGCGCCGAGGCCCACACCGCCGCCGCCGAUGAUGACAGCGUCGGCUUCUUCGCCGGCCAGUUCGAAAACCCCGCCAACUGGCAGGCGCACUGGAACUCCACCGGCCCCGAGAUCAUCGAGCAGACGGGCGGCCGCGUCGACGCCUUUGUGGCCGGCGCCGGCACCGGCGGCACCAUCGCGGGCGUCGCCGUGUUUCUCAAGGAGGAGGCCCGCAUGAACGCCACCCGCGUGGUGCUAGCAGACCCGCAGGGUAGCGGGCUGUACAACAAGGUGCUCAACGGUGUCAUGUACUCGCCAUCGGAGCGCGAGGGAACGCGGCGGCGGCAGCAGGUGGACUCGGUUGUCGAGGGGAUCGGCCUGAAAUGGGUGACGGGCAACUUUGAGCGCGGGAGGGACCUGGUGGACGACGCAGUGCGCGUCACCGACGAGCAGGCCUGCGCCAUGGCCAGGUGGCUGGUCGAGCACGACGGCAUCUUUGCCGGCAGCAGCAGCGCCGUCAACUGCGCCGCCGCCGUCGUCACGGCCAUGCGCAUGCCCAGGGGCAGCCAGGUCGUCACCAUCCUGUGCGACUCUGGCUCGAGGCACCUCAGCCGCUUCUAUAAGCAGGUGGCCGACAAAGGGCUCGAGGGCGACGUGCGCAAGGAGGGCGCCGAGGGUGGGGAGAAGCCAAGCAGCCCGGAGGAUUUACUCACUUUGCUUGGACUGAAGCCUCGAGACGAUUCACAUCAACUCGGAACCCCCUGAAAACUCGUAAUAAUAGCCAACCUGUAAAACAAGCUGAUCUUGUCGAAUAACCAGGAAAAUCUGGUUUACGUCAUUUUUUGUCGGCAAGCAAAAGGUACUUGGCCAACUGGAUAUAAUAAGACGCUCGGUAAAUGGACAAAGCCAGAUCUAAAACGCAUCAUGCGCCGCACCCUUUCCGCCACCCCCAUAGCCUUAGAGAGAGAAAAAAGGAAGAAAUGAUAAUAGUAAAUAAACACUUAAAAUCGAGUACUCUUAACACCUUGCUAUUUUUUCUUCUUUUUUUGUUCUCUUUUCACCAAACCCAAACUGAUCUCACGAUAAUUCAAUGCUGCGUGAUUUCUAUAACUGGUUCCAGCCAUAUGGAAAACAACCAGUUGCAGUUUAUAAAAAAUAAAAAAA